CCUCGAGGUAUGACGCCAGGCUCUCUCUCGCUCAGCUCUCGAUAUCUCCAGGGGAUCCGGCAGUGGUACCCUCUUUCUUUCGCGCAUUCAUCUAAGGAGCGAGAAGCAUUGGAAAUGUGGAAGAAAAGACUUCAGUGACAGACGGGGCAGCUGUAGGGUCGCUCUCCAUCUCCAUCGUCCCAGAAGGAAAUUUAAGGAGAAGGGAAGAAAGAGGGCAGGGCACAGGUCGGGCAGUGGCCAGAUUUUUUAGAAUUCUUCCCAUUGCCAGCUUCGAGCCAGAGCGCUGCUCCGUGGGAAUCACUCUAAGCUACUUAGCUGACGUACGAGCGAGAAGAAAAGAUUAAGAAAGUGGUGGAGAAACCAGGAAGAAGAAGGGGGAGCUUUCUCUUAUGGUUUCUAAAACAUGGGCAGUGCUUCGUGGGCUGGGCCUUCUAGUCUUGGCAGGAUGAAAGACAGCUACUGGGUUCUCAGAAGAAGCCAGCGGAAGAAAAGGUGGUUAAAAGAGUGUUGUCGUCUCGUCAAAGUGUCAAAACUCUCACUUGGCGCUGACGUCCUCUCGACGUGGAUUCAUCCAGGCUUGAACUUCCCGAGGAUCAAUCCUGAUCAUCUUUUCUCCAGAGGAGGCUGGCUAGUGAGGACAGAGCUCCGUUUAAACAGGUCAAAGUUUCGCAACUCCUUCAGCCUUUGCUCGCUGUUCUUCGUCGCCAUCGCUCACGGCCAUUGUGAUGAUUGCUUUCACGUCCACUAUAAUCCCAGAGCAGCAAUUCUGGCACUACUAGGUGAUGCUUCAGGGAAGCACUCCAAUGAUUGGGAGAAACGUAACUUGAUGAAGCUUUUGUCGGCACUACCACGGAGGUGGAACCUUAUCCGUUGCAAAGGAUAUGGACUGUCUCCACGGAUUCCGCAAGCGAGAGCUAGCCAACUAUUCCAACCGAAGUGCUUCUUCUGUGCAAGUGCAACCACGACUACAUAGCCAAAUCAACACGCGUAAGGCAUACUAGGCAUGGAAAAAAAAAGAUGCU